AUGCAUGUGGGGGGUAGGGGGAGGCAGGCAAGGGGGAAGAUUGGGUGGGAGGGGCAGGGGGAAAGAGGCAAGGGGGAAAUGGGUGAGAGAGGCAUGGGGGAAGGAGGCAAAGAGGAAGGAGCAAAGGUGGGAAUGGGUGUGAGAGGCACGGGGGGAGGAGGCAAAGAGGAAGGAGCAAAGGGGGGAAUAGGUGUGAGGGGCACGGGGGGAGGAGGCAAAGAGGAAGGAGCAAAGGGGGGAAUGGGUGUGAGGGGCACGGGGGGAGGAGGCAAAGAGGAAGGAGCAAAGGUGGGAAUGGGUGUGAGGGGCACGGGGGGAGGCAAAGGCCCGCCGAUGGGUGCGAGGGUGAGGGGGGAAGAAAGCAAGGGGGAAGGAGGAAGGGGAAAGAUGGGUGUGAGGGUGAGGGGGGAAGAAAGCAAGGGGGGAGGAGGAAGGGGAAAGAUGGGUGUGAGGGGCAGGGGGGAAGUAGGGAAGCGGGAAGAUGGGUGCGAGGGGAAGAUGGGUGUGAGGGGAAGAUGGGUCAUUCCCCGCCUUCCCCGCAUCCCUUCCAGCAUUCCCGGCCUUCCCCGCCUCCCUCGCAGUAUUCCCCGCCUUCCCCGCCUCCUCGCCGCAUUCCCCCCCUUCCCCGCCUUCCCCGCCUCCCUCGCAGCAUUCCCCGCCUUCCCCGCCUUCCUCUCAGCAUUCCCCGCCAACCUCUCCUUUCCCUUUCCUUCCGCCUUAUUCCCCUCCCGUCCCUCACGCGCUACUUACCCUUUCAUUUCGGUCUUCUUCUUUCCUUCCUUCAUCAUUCCACCGCCGCCGCUCUUGCCCUGA